CCACCGGGGCGGGAGGGGGGGGGCUCGAGGGGAGAUAAAAUGGGGCGGCGGGGAGCUGGGAGGCGGGAGCUGCCGUCGCGGAGCCCCGCCGGGAGCAUGGCCCUCGCCGCGUCGCUGCUGCCACCGCUGCUGCUGCUCUUGGGGCGGCCGGGGCUAGGGGCGCCGGGACAGGGCGCGGGCACUUGGUCCCGCUUCACCCGGCUGCCCUACCCGCAGGACCAGCUUUUCCUCCACGACACCUUCCCCGACGGCUUCCUCUGGGGCGCGGGCAGCGCCGCCUACCAGACGGAGGGCGGUUGGCGCCAGGGCGGCAAGGGCGCGUCCGUCUGGGACACCUUCGCCCACCGCCCGGCCACGCCGCCGGGGGCCGCCCCGCCGGGGCCCGUGGGCGGCGACGUGGCCAGCGACAGCUACAACAACCUGUUUCGCGACGUCGAGGCGCUGCGGCGCCUGGGGGUCUCGCACUACCGCUUCUCGCUCUCCUGGGCCCGGUUGCUGCCCAACGGGACGGCGCCCCCCAACCCCGCCGGGCUGGCGCACUACGGGCGGCUGCUGGCCCGCCUGCGAGAGCUGGGCGUCGAGCCCGUGGUCACCCUCUACCACUGGGACCUGCCGCAGGCCCUGCAGGACGCCUUCGGCGGCUGGGCCAGCCCCGUCCUGCCCCGGCUCUUCCGCGACUACGCCGAGCUGUGCUUCCGGCACUUCGGCGGGCAGGUGCGCUACUGGCUGACCAUGGACAACCCCUACGUGGUGGCCUGGCACGGCUACGGCACGGGGCGGCUGCCGCCCGGCGUGCGGGGAGGCCCGCGCCUGGGCUACCUGGCGGCCCACCACCUGCUGCAGGCCCAUGCUAAGGUCUGGCAUCUCUACAAUGACCAUUUCCGUCCAGCUCAAGGAGGAAAAGUGUCCAUUGCCCUUAGCUCCCACUGGAUAAAACCCCAGCGUAUGACUGAAAAGAACAUAAAAGAAUGCCAAAAAUCCCUUGAUUUUGUGCUUGGCUGGUUUGCUAAGCCCAUAUUUAUUGAUGGUGACUAUCCAGAGAGCAUGAGGAGCAACCUCUCAUCUCUGCUGCCUGCAUUCAGUGAGGCGGAGAAGAAGUAUCUCAAGGGAACAGCAGACUUUUUUGCUCUUUCUUUUGGAGCUACCCUGAGUUUCCAGCUUUUGGACUCACACAUGAAAUUCCAGCAGUUGGAAUCAAUAAGCCUGAGGCAGCUCCUUUACUGGAUAAACAGUGAAUAUAACAACCCCCACAUAUUCAUUGUGGAGAACAGCUGGUUUGUUUCUGGUACCACCAAGAAAGAUGAUGCUAAAUAUAUUUACUAUCUCAAAAAGUUCAUUAUGGAAACUUUAAAAGCUAUCCGGUACGAUGGAGUUAACGUGUUUGGCUACACAGUCUGGUCCCUCCUGGAUGGCUUUGAGUGGCAUAGGGGCUACAACAUUCGACGUGGACUGUUCUAUGUUGAUUUUCAAAGCCAUGACAAGAAGCUGAUGCCCAAAUCUUCUGUCUUGUUCUAUCAAAAGCUGAUAGAAAAAAAUGGCUUCCCACCUUUGCCUGAAAACCAGCCCAUAGAAGGUAUUUUUCCCUGUGGCUUUGCUUGGGGAAUUGUUGACAACUACAUUCAGGUAGACACGACACCCGCCCAGUUCCUUGACUCCAGUGUUUAUGUGUGGGAUGUUCACCAGACAAAGAAGCUCAUUAAAGUGGAUGGAGUUUAUGCCACGAAGCGCAAGCGUCACUGUGUUGACUUCGCUGCUAUCAGGCUUCAGAUCUCUCUUCUGCAAGAGAUGCAUGUCACACACUUCCAUUUUUCAUUGAAAUGGUCUUUAAUUCUUCCUUUAGGUAACCUUUCUCUAAUCAACCACACACUUGUACAUUACUAUCAGUGUUUUGCUAGUGAACUUCUCAGAGUUAACAUAACUCCUGUUGUUGCUUUAUGGCAACCUAUGGUUGAAAAUCAAGAGCUUCCAGUUUCUCUUGCCAAAUAUGGAGCUUGGGAAAACACAGGAACUGUUCAGGCUUUUGUUGAGUAUGCCAGAUUCUGCUUUACAAGUCUUGGGGACCAUGUCAAAUUCUGGAUCACCAUGAAUGAACCGUCUGUGAAAAACCUGACAUACACAGCAGGGCACAACCUAUUGAAAGCCCAUGCAAAAGUCUGGCAUGUUUAUGACAAAGAAUUCAGGAGAUCUCAGAAGGGCAAAAUAUCUAUAGCUUUGCAAGCUGACUGGGUAGAACCAGCUUGUCCCUUUUCCAGGAAUGACCAAGAAGUUGCUGACAGGAUUUUAGAGUUCGACAUUGGUUGGCUUGCAGAGCCCAUCUUUGGGAAUGGAGACUACCCAGAGGUGAUGAGAGCGUGGCUUCACCGAAUAAAUGGUGCUGACCUGUAUAAUUUCCACUUGCCUUACUUCUCAGAAGAUGAAAAGAAAUUAAUACGGGGCUCAUUUGAUUUUUUUGCCUUGAGUCACUACACUACAACCCUUGUGGGCUCAGAGAAAGAAGAUGCAGUAAAAUAUGACCACUACCUUGAAGUUCAAAUGAUCAAUGACAUCACAUGGCUUCACUCUCCCAGCAGAGCUGCAGUAGUGCCCUGGGGACUGCGUAAAUUGCUCAAGUGGGUGAAAUCAAAGUAUGGUGAUGUCCCAAUUUACAUUAUGGCUAAUGGGAUUGAUGAUGACCAGAAUAUGGUGCACGAUAAGCUGAGAGUGUAUUACAUCCAGAAUUACAUCAAUGAAGCUUUAAAAGCUUACACCUUGGAUGAUGUUAACCUUCAAGGAUAUUUUGUCUAUUCUUUUAACGACAAGACUGCUCCUAAGUAUGGUCUCUACAGCUAUGUUGCAAAUCAGUACGAACCAAAGCCUUCUCUGAAACAUUACAGGGAAAUAAUUGGCAAUAAUGGUUUUCCUGGUCCUGAAACUCCAGAGUUGCUGUGUCCAGAAGAGGUUGCCUCAUGUUCCGAAUGCCACUUCUUCCGAACGAGAAAAUCAUUAUUAGCCUUUAUCUCUUUCGUAUUUGUUGCUUUUGUUGUUACUAUAUUCUUCAUUACUUACUACUCCAAGAGGGUAGAAAGAAGGUAUAAAUAGAGUUUCUCCUUUGAAUACAUCACUCACUAUCCUUUUUGUUACAUCCCCUUGGGAAAUCUGAAAUAAGAAUGCUUCAGCAUUAGGAAGGGAUUUACAUUGCCUGAUACUGCAGGAUAAUGACAUUGAAAAGCUAUUGCUUGCAUAUGGCUUCCAGAAAUCAUUUACUCUGUUAUAGUACCUUUGGUUUAUAACCAGUCCUUGAUUCCUGUGGUUGGAGUUGUCUCACAGCUUUGCCUGGGACCUUUUGUUGAGCAGAUGCUUUCCCCUUCUUGGAUUUGCCUCACUGAACUGGUGAAAAGUUUUGAAAACAUGGUGUGAUGGAAGAGCCUAAAUGUCAAAUUCUCCAAGACUGGGGUGAAACAAGAGUUUAGUUUUCCAAAUUAGGGUUUAACACUGAUGUUUCUUAACCAGAGAUAGACCCUAACUGGAGCAGAGACUAUGACUGAGAAGAAAGAUGGAGGAGAGUUGCAAAAAGCAUUGCCGAGGAAAGAUUAACUCCUUUCUUAAAGCAGAUGCAGGAGAAAGAACAGGGGGAAAUGAAUCUGUACUGCUGGGAGCUCUUGGUAAAUCAGUUAUCUAGUACUGAGACUAUGUCUGAUUCAGGCUGCCAUUGGGGAGCUUCAGUUAAAGGAACUGUGUCUUUCUGUGUCUUUCUCAGGGGGGUAAGAAGUAGGGGUAUAUCCAGGGAUUGCAGCGGUCAUGCCAUCAACUGGGAAGAGAUGGGAAAGAUGAAAGGGCUUCCCUUUGAUUUGCUCAGAAAAAAAGGGCAAGGAGCAGGAACUGGGAUGUCUUCACUGUCUGAGUUGGCAGAAAGCUGUGUUUCUGACCCUGUGCUCUCUUGCCCUGUACCCAGGGACAUGUCACAGCUGGGACACCCUGUUUCUACACUUAUCACAGCCAGUUGAAUUCAGCUGCCACUGCUGCUGCUCUGCUACUUACCUGCUGGAAACUUGUGGUAACUUGUCAGGGAUGGUCUCUGCAUGCUCUUUGUGUUGAGUGCAGAGACUUUAAAAGCCAGCAUUUUGGUGUAAUAGUGCAGCAUUUUUUGCUGCCAGGGUCUGAGACUGGAGCUGUUUGGGCCCAGCCUCUCGCAGGUUGGCUGGAGGUUCUCCUUUGGGCAACUGGACCUGGCAGCAUUUCAUCCCGAAGUAUUUCUGGAUGUCUGAGGGCUUCUUGUUCUUCUCUCAACAAGAUAAAAUAGCAAAAUGUUAGUGCCAUUGCUUAUUAGUAGAAAUAGAGAGAGAAUGGGAGAAAAAACCCUGUGUCAUUUUGCCUGCCUUGUGAAUUGCUGCAUUAAGAGGGGCCUCAAUGUAAAGCAGUAUGGUCAUUUUUCUCUGCUCUCUAACCCUAGGCCUGCAUUGCCUUCAGCUGUAAUUGUAUUUUUAUUGUUACGUGAACAAUGUCACUCACUGGAAAGAACAUUUUAGAAGAAAUGUGCUCUGUGUUAAUCAAGAAUUACUUAUCUACUAAAGCUGAUUAUGCUGUAUUAAAUGUGAUGUUUAUCUACUAGAUUACUAGAAGAUGACUAAAUAGCCUCCCAGGGUUCCUUUCAUCCUGAACACUCUGUGACUCUAUACUGUAAAUUGAAACUUACAUAUGAGAUAUGAGUUUAAUUUUUUACUUAAGAUUAUAUUUUUUCUUAAAUAAUGUAUAGAAGAAAAAGAGAAUUAGUAUCUUCUCAUAAUGAUUAAUAUAUUUUUCCUCCAAUUCCAGUCUUUAAAUGGUCUCUCUCUACAAUUAUGUAUAUUUUGGUAUCAAGAUUAAGUUGCACAUCUCAGGGUAAGUGAUGAAGUAUUAAAAAUAUGUAUAAAAAUUAUUUAUAGACUGAUAGGACUUGCUGUGGAAGAGAACAUUUCAAACUGCUGUAUAUUUAUACGUUGGUGCCUGGUGCACUGAGGAUUAUGAAGAAAUAGCUCUCCCUGAGUGUAUGAAAUGUGGAAUGGCUUUUCCCUGGCACGACAGUGAAUCACCGUGCAAUAUGUUAUGCCAGCUGCCAGCUGCCUUUGCAGUACGUAACAAAAAGUGACGUUCAUUUAGCACGAGCUGUACCUGGGUCAUGCCCGCUUUGUGUGUUUUGUACGCGCGUGUGUGUGUGUGUGUGUGUGUGUGUGUGGUGUGUAUUUUGCUGUUGGCCAAAUGCCGGGGCCUGAUGUUUCUGAGGAGCCAGCUGUACCUGGGUUGUACCUGCCUCCCCAGGGAGGUUUGAGGGGAUUCGGGGAGUCUGGCCAGGGCAAAUCCAGAAGAGCACAGGUGCCAUGGGCACAGAGCUGAUGGACACUGGCCUGAGUUGAUGCUUCACGAGCAGUUCCAUCCAUGCAGCUGCUGCUGGGAGCUGUGGCAUGGCCCAGGCGCAGCACAACGUGUGAAACAGCAGUCCCAGCACGGAGGAGACACAGCACGCUCUUCCCAUGGAGGCUGGGUGAUAUGUAACCACCGACAGGCAGAUGGCACCAGCUGGAUAGCUAAUUUGUAGGUAUACUGGGAUUUGUUGCUGUGUGAUCAUAUUCUCUCAUGGAGCUAUGACCCAUGGAACUAACACAGCCUUUGGCAUAGUUUGCCUUCAGAAGAGGUUUUAAAUAUCACUGCAGAACACAGCUGGCUUGAGCAGGGCACAGUGGUUGCCAAAGCCUUCUCCCAGGCAUCCUGCCUGUGGUGCUGCCUGGGCCAGUGAAUUGCACAAUGAUGGGCCGUUCUGAUGGAGAUAAUGGUAUGGUUUUGCCUCUGGAAUCUGCCUUAUUUUAUGUAAUCAGGGGACAGUGCAAGUUUCCUGUCAAUUGUCUUGAAAAAAACACUCUUCACUAACAAGUCUUUGAAUAGGCAAAGAUUGGGUACCUGUCCAAGGUGUGCUUAUGCAAACCGGUGUGGCAAUCACCUGCUUUGGUCCUGCUGUGGGGCACUUGCUGCCUUCAAUGCCCACAUGAGAGCAGUGAUCUGACUCCACCUGUGCAUCCUGAGCAGAAAUGCAGGCAGCAGCAAGGACUUGAGCACAGGGGGCUCCCUACUCGGGCUGCAAAGUCAGCUUGGUGGUGGCUGGUGGUUUGUUUUCUGAAGAACAAGACUCAGCAUGCUCAACUUGCAGUUUUUUUAGGUAGACUGCUUUCUUGAUUUUUAACUUGUUUAUAGAGUGAAAUGUUGUUGCCAGUUUUCUCAAUGCUCCAGAUUAAACAUUGUAUCUGUUCAAAAUAUUUUUGUGACAUGUGUGCAAAGCUUCUGGUUUAUUUCUUGAAAAGAUUGUGCAGAGUGACUGUGGGAGGGAUAUCUUUGCUAAAUGACAGGAUGAAUGUUAUAUUGUUUUUAUAACAAUAACAGAAGUGAAAUAAAGAUACUGAAUGUAACAAAUUGUAACGUGA